UAUAUUCCGGCGUCAUAGUCUAAUUGUUAGUCACGUAUUGUGAUAAGUGAUAAAUCAUUCACAAAGCCAUAAGCCAAUAGCCAAGACUAUAGCAAUAAUAUUUGUAUUGAUGGUUGAAAAAAGUACGAAGCACGGAUUAAAAUGGAAAACUCCCAACAAGGCCCUAAUAAUUCUAAUUUCAAUGAUUAUAAUGAUGUCAAUCUAACUAUACGGAUCUUAUUUCAUGGCCGAGAAGUUGGAAAUGUCAUUGGUAAAGGGGGGGAUACUGUAAAAAAUAUUAGAGAUCAAUCUGGUGCCAGAGUUUUAAUUUCUGAUGGCUCAACUCCAGAACGUAUAGUGACAAUUACUGGAUCUACUAAUGCUAUUUGUAAAGCUACUGAACUUAUAGGGCUCAAAGUAGAAGAAUUUUUUGAGAGACAAAAUGGAGAUUGGAAUGGUCCAAAAGCACCAUUAACAUUUAAGUUAAUUGUGCCAGCAUCACAAUGUGGAUUUAUUAUUGGUAAAGGAGGGUGCAAAAUUAAAGAAAUCAGAGAAUCUAGUGGAGCAGCUAUUCAAGUAGCUUCGGAUAUGUUACCUAAUUCUACUGAGCGUUUAGUUUCAAUCACUGGAACAACUGGUACAAUUUCUCAAUGUGUUUAUCAAGUGUGCAAUGUUCUUUUAGAUUCACCACCUCGUAGUGCUACUAUACCUUAUGAUCCUCGUAGUAAAACUUCAGGAUUUGCAAACAGUACCGUAGGAAAUGAUUUUGGGAGACAACGUACUAAUCCACUUGCUAGUUUAGCAGCUCUUGGAUUAGGAACAGCUUCAACUGGUGGCAUUAAUCCUGCUGCCUUAGCAGCGUUAGCUGGUAGUCAACUAAGAACAGGAAAUAGACAUAAUCGUAACAACAGUGGAGAUCAUAAAAAUCAAAAUGCUAAUUCAAAUUCAGAAACAAUUUCAAUGACUGUUCCCAAUGAUUUAAUUGGUUGUGUUAUAGGUAGAAGAGGAAGCAAAAUAGCAGAAAUCAGACAAAUAAGUGGUGCAUUAGUACAUAUUGCUAAAGGUGAUGGUAAUCAUGAAAAUGGGGAAAAUGAAGAUCGGCAUAUCACAAUAACUGGAAACAAAGACUCUAUUUCAGUUGCCAAGUAUCUAAUAGAAAUGAGUGUGGAACUGCAGAAAGCCAAUCUUGAGGGGGCAAACUCAUCCUCUAGUCCUGAUGAUGGGUCCAGCUCAACCUUGCCUACUCCUCCAACAGUGGCAGCAUCUCCUUUGUCGUCCGCCAUUCCACUGGCUCAACUGUUUGCCAAGCCUGGUGCAAUAAAUGCUCUAUCCAGUUUAUCUGCUCUUGGUGGUUUAACUGACCUCCUGGGAGCCUUAUCUGGUGCCAAUCAAUCCCCUCCAAUUCAGACCACGGGUGUUCAUCGCCCAAAAAAUUAUUUCCAGCGUAAUCGUAGCCCUUCUGGCGACAAAUCUAAAACAGACAGAACUAAGUUUGCUCCUUAUUAAAUAUUAAUUGAUCCCAUAUCCAUUACUAAUGUCUCUCAUAGUUAAUCCUAUUCAUUUCUUUUUUUUUAGUUUUUUCAAUUAUUAUAAUUUAACUUAAUUAAAAAUUAAAUUAUUUUUCCUUUAUUUAUUGAAAAUAUUGGGGAAUUAUUAUUUUUUUGUUCUCAUCCAUUUGAUAGUUUUUAUUAAGUAUAACUCAAUUUUUGUUUUAAGGAGAUAAAUUAAAGUUUUUAUUUUAUAUUACACAUUGCUCCUUCAUGUCAACAAACUUUAUAUUAAGGUUUUGAUAAAUUAUUUUUAACUUUAAAUUAUAUUGUGUCCAAUUAAUUAUAUUCAAAUUUUAAUUAUAGUGUAAUUCCAAUCACUACACCUAAUCUUUAUCUUAGUUCUUACAUUAUUUGUAGAUCUUAUCAAUAAUAUAUCUUGUAUUCCUUAAAAUAUUCUUUUUAUUUUUAAUCUAUUUGUUUACAUGCAAAGUAAAAAGUGGUUUUAAAAUAUUAAGGUCUUAAAAUUAGAAUAUAUUUCCUUCUGCGUGAAAAAUAAUAUUCCAUUAAUUGUGGUAUUUUUAUUAUGCUAAUAAAGAUACCCAGUCGCUUAACUAGGAUGGUUGGGUAUUAAUAACUUCCAAAGUAAAAACGAUUUUGAAUUAUAGUUGAGAAUUAUUUUAUUAUCAUUAUUGUUUUUAGGGAAGUAUUAGAUUAAGAAAAUUUUUAUUUCACUAUUUUAUUUUUUUAAAGUUUAAUGUUGUACAUCACGAAGUACAUUGUAAGAUUUUCCAGCUUCUUUCAUUAACAGGAAAUCAGUUUUUCAUUAACUGGCUCAACACAGAGAAGUUACUUUAUUAUAAUUUAGUACUCUUUAAAUUACUUCUUAUCUUAACUGUCAAUUAAAACAGUCAUUUUUUUUUUCUUAGUAGUUAUAAGAAACUUUAUCAAUAUUGCCAGCAUUUUUAUUUAUAUGCCAGACAUGCUAUAUAUUCAUUAUAGAACUAGCACAGUUAUAAAGAGCAUCAUCCUAUUUUUCAUAAUUUUAAAUAUAAUAUUAAUAGAACACGAUUUAUUGCAUUCGUAAUAUAAACUAAAACACUAAAUUUUAUAGUAAAAUUAAAAAGUAGUCUAUAGUUAUAAAGUCCAAAAUUUAGAGGAAGGAUGAAUAUGUGCGGCAGACAUUUAAAAUUUUGUUGCAUUAAAAUAAAUAAUUAUUGCUAUGGAAUAUUAAUAAAAAGUACACUUGUGUCUAUAAAUGGAUGUAUUUUUAUGUAUAUCUUAAAUUAUAAAUUAUAUUUUGUUAAAAAAAUAUAUUUCUGAAGAAAUUUGAGUUAUGUGGGGGGUUUCUUCUUUACCUAGUGUAUAAAAUUCUUAAAUACAUCUCUCCAUGCAUUAAUAACAAGAAUUUUUAUUUAAAAAUUAUUAUAUGGAAUGAUUUUCUUAAUUACACUUCAUGUAAUAUCUUUAUAAAAUAAAAUAAAUUUUUUGUCUAAAUUUAGUUUAUUACUAUUCAAUUUUGCUCCUUAAAAUAUUAUUUGCACUAUACAUAUUUAAUUAGUUUAUAAGUUGUAAAAUGAUUUUAUCAAAAGAUUGAAUAUUGAUAAUAACUAUUCAUCCAUUAUUUUUUAAAUAAUUUAAAUAGAGGGAGAUGAAGUUAGAAUCUGUUUAUUUCUUCAUUAGACAUUUAUCAGCUAAAUUAUCUUCUAGCUCAAGCAAUCAUUUUUUUUAAAUAUUUGAUUUUCUAAUAUUUAAGUUAACUAAUAAGUGUUAUAUAUUUUAGUUUUAAAAAAACACUAAAUGGCUCAAUUUUUAGAGGUAGAAGAAAAAUUAUAUAUAUUUAUUAGGGUUUGUCAACAAUAUAUUUUUGAAUAUCGAUUUGAUAUAUUAACGAUAUCGUACCAAAUUUAAGGAAUAUUAUAUUGCAAUAUCGAAAAAAAAAUUAAAUAUAAUAUAUCUGUUUUCACCAGUUUUUUUUAUCUUCAAGAAUACAUUAUACAAUGUUAUACUUACAGCAGACACAAUAUUUUAAAUGUAAAUGUGUGUAUGUGUGAGUUUAUUUAUUUAUAGUAUCAUUAAAAUGUAGUGUAUAUUAAGAUACAACCGAUAGAGUGGGUAAUUGAUUUGACACUAUAUUGUUUAAACCCAACCAAACAUUAAAUUGUACAUUCCCAAACAACAAUUAUAUUAUGUCAAUUGCCAUCGGAAUUUCUGGUAUCUUCUUCUUUUCCUUGGCCUUAAUCCAAACUACUUGUGGUCAGCCACUCUUAUCCUAAACUUUCACUUGACAUGACCUCCCAAAUCAUCUACGCUCAUAUCAUCUGUCCUCAUAUCGCAUUCAAUAGCAUCCCUCAAUCUUUUUUUUUGGUCUUCUUCUACCUCUUCUUCCUUCAACAAUCAUUUCUAGAACUGUCUCACAGCUUCCAAUUCUUCCAACUAAACGCUAAAUUGUACAUUCUCAAACAAUUAUAUCAUGUCAAUUGCCACCAGAAUUUCUGGUAAUAAUAAAGAUAAUUGUCAUAAAACGGCCUUUAGUCAGGUGUUGGAGCUGGUAAAAUUGUGGCUGCUGAAAAACAGGGCUUAAAUGUUCUAUUAUAUGUGAACAUUACAAAGGUCAAUGGCGUACAAAUUCAAUAGAAAUAUAGAUUAAAGAUGAAGAAGAUUGUACUUUUGUUGAAGAUAUAUUCUAUCAAAAUUUAGAAUGGGAAAAUGAAUAAGAAAAUGGAAAUAAAUUUUGUUUGAUACAUUUGUCAAAUAACUUUAUAGAGGAGAAAUCCUCCAUCGAUUAUAUAAUUUGCACUAGUAAUGCAUAUAACUUGUAUAUAGGAUAUAAAUAAGAAAAUAGGAGAUCAUGUAGCUUUUGUAAUAAUCCAUUAAAAUUUUAAAAUUAAACACUAUCUACAGAUUUGCAUCAAGGCGUUUUUUUAUGAUAAUGAUUUUAAUCACUGUCACAUAUUAUCUAUACUGCACCCAAUUAUACACACCGUGCCGGACUGUUGGUUUUUUUUUAAAAUAGCGAUUAGUUGAAAUAGUAGCAAUGGGUUUACUUUAAUUAUUUAAUUAUUUCAUUAUUAAUUUUAACAAUAGAAACUAAUGAAGAUAGAAUUAUAACUUUAUUUGACCUUUUAAGUUUAAUAUGAAAGUUAUUACCCUCUAUUGAAUUUACUAGAACAAGAACAAUUUCAUAUUCUUUAUGACAAUUAAUUUUAUCAUUACUAGAAAUUCCGGUUUGGUUGACAAAAGAAAACGUGAGGUAGGUGAAAUAAGAAGAUCAGUGACAAUAGGUGAGAACGUGAUUGGGGAUGUAAGACACCGGAUUAAGUGCAGAUGGUUGAAGUGGAGAGAAGCGACUGCUGUCUUAUGCAAUAAAAUAAUUCCAAUGAGGCUAAAAGGUAAAUUCUACAAGACUGUAGUGAGACCAGCUAUGAUGUAUGGUUCUGAGUGUUGCACGGGUGUUAACAAAGUAGAACAGAGAUGAAAAUGCUUAGAUGGAUGAGUGGAGUGACUAGAAAAGAUAGAAUAAGGAACGAGCAUAUAAGAGGGAGUAUAAGUGUAGCAUCAAUCGUGGAUAAGAUGAUAGAAAAUAGACUUAAAUGGUUUGGUCAUGUUAUGAGGAGAGAAGAAAUGGUAGCUGUAAGAACAGUUAGAGAAAUGAAUGUUGAAGGAAGAAGAGGUAGAGGAAGACCAAAAAAGAGAUGGAGGGAUGCUAUUGAAUGCGAUUUGAGGACAGCUGAUGUGAGCGUAGAUGAUUUGGGAGGUCAUGUCAAGUGAAAGUUUAGGAUAAGGUCAUUAGGUCAGUGCCUAUAAAAUAUGAAAAAUGUCAACAAAAUUAUCACCAACUGUUAUUAGCCUUAUAUCAAAUAAUAUAUAUUUUAUAACAAAGUGACCAAAAUUCAAACGGUUUUUUGUAAAAAUAUAUUUUUCGAUAUGGCGAUGUCUAAAAAAUAAUAGAACACUAAUAUUUUUUAAACAUCAUACAAGCUCAUAAUAAUAAUUCAAACUGCUCAACGUGUUUGUUUUAAAAUUCAGUCAUGGAGAUGUGAUUUUUUUACUUUUGAUCGUAUUUUUUAAUAUGGCCCACUGUGUAAUGUGUUAAAAGGAAUCUUGUAAAGCCACGUCUCCUAUUACAUAAAUUUUCUUUAUUCUAUAUAAAAUUUUAAAAAUGAAGGUUAUAGGCAUAGCUAUGACAAUGACCGUGUUUGAUUGUAGUAUUUUCAUCAUUUUUAAAUCUUUAAUGAUAUUAUGUGCGUCUUCAAUUCUCAUUUUUUUUCUAUGUAGUUUUAGACAAUAUAAACUUUAAAAAAUAAUCUAAUUAAAAAAAAACUUAAAUUUAUUGCAAAUAGACUUAUUUUUUUAUUAAUUUUUUCUAUGUAAUAAAUGUUUACAAAUAUUUUGUUAAAAUGAAUUUAAAUUUAAAAUUAUGGCCGCAUGGUUUUAUUAAACAAGAUUUCAACAUAUAUUUAGCAUUUAGAGCUAAAUAUAUAUUUCCAAAUUAUAAAACAAUUUUUUAUAAGAGUGUAUUAAAUUAACAUCUUGGAAUAUACUUCUUUGUUUAGUUAUGUAACUGAUAUUUUGACAAAUCUUAUAAUUUGUAUAAAAAAAAAAAGAAUUAAA